AUGGAACACCCUCGGCUGUUCUCUCCUGAACCCCUAAAGCUUGCCUAUGGGAAGAUUGGCCAGUACCGAAGAAUUCAGCAGACCAAACGGAAAACUGGCUCGUUCAAAGGGAAGAGGGUAGAAAGAUGGCACAGAGCUGUGUCUACCAACUUAGCUAAACAAAGUGUCCUGGUCCCCAAAGAGGAAUCAUUGAGUGAAAGCGACUUGGAAUUUCAUGCAACACAAAACAAUCAGAAAAGAAACCUGAUGAAGAAAAUGAAGACUGUUUUGGGGAAAGUGUUGUCCUGCAGAUGUGGAAGCCAGUCAGCCCAUGCUGGCAGGGGGAGCUCUGCAAAACGGAAGGAAGCUGCCCUCUCCAACACACAAGGCCUGCUGUCUAGACUGGUCAAGGAGCUUCAGUCUCCUAGGUUGUUUGCCAAGCCAAGGAUGAGAAAGCUCUCCCAGAAUGCAACUAUACAGCUGGAUGUUGUUGAAGCAGAGGCAGAAGAGGUAACCGGAGGAAACCAGCUCCUCCGAGCCAGAAGAACCACCAAGCGGUUAUCUGUGACAUCACUUCCUCCGGGGCUGCAGAAGGUACCAUAUUCAUCAAAAAAGAGACCACACUUCCCAGCACUCAAAAAGAAGAAACAGAGCACGGAAGACAUCCUCCAGAACCCAGAGCUGACAGUGGGGAAGCUUCAAAUGCAGGUGGACGACCUCAUAGAAAGAGUGACUGACAAAUGCACGAAGCUCUUGGCCCAAAGACAUGCGGAGCUGCAGCAGUGUGAGUUCCUAGGGGCUGAGAUCCUGCAGUCUUCGAAGCAGUUCCAAAGGCUUUCCAAGAGAACCACAAGGAAGUACAAGCUGAGCAGCGCAUGCUGCCCAUGCGCCUGCUGCUGCCUCUGAGUUCC